CCGGCCGCGAGGCCCCGCCGAGCCCGACCGAGGCGCCGAUCCUCCGCGGCGCGUCGGCGGGCGGCGCGGUCCUCACCGGAGACCACGGGCACGCGGGCUUGACCCCGAGGUGCGCCGCGCCCCUCAGAGCGGCAGUUUUAUAUUAAAAGAGCACAACCAUGUUUCGGAAUAGUCUCAAGAUGCUUCUUACUGGUGGGAAAUCAAGUCGGAAAAACAGGUCAAGUGAUGGAGGAAGCGAGGAACCACCGGAUCGAAGACAGUCGAGUGUAGAUUCUCGCCAAAGCCGCUCUGGGCAAGGUGGCAUCUCCACAGAAAGCGAUUGUGCUUUUGAGCCAGACUACGCUGUUCCACCACUUCCAGUGAGUGAAGGUAUGCAGCACAUUCGGAUUAUGGAGGGCAUGUCUCGCUCUCUUCCAUCCUCCCCCUUACUCACACAUCAGUCUAUCAGUGUUCGGCUCCAACCUGUGAAGAAGUUAACUGGUGAUGUUGAACAGGAACUUGGGCCACCUCCAUCUGUAGAUGAGGCAGCAAACACACUCAUGACUCGUCUGGGUUUCCUCCUUGGAGAGAAAGUCCCGGAAGUACAGCCAGGUGACCAGUACAGCAUGGAGGUUCAGGAUGAAAAUCAGACCUCAGCAAUCACCCAGCGGAUAAGUCCCUGCUCCACCCUGACUAGCAGCACUGCCUCUCCACCAGCCAGCAGCCCCUGCUCCACGCUCCCGCCAGUCAGUACAAAUGCAGCUGCCAAGGACUGUAGCUAUGGGGCUGUCACCAGCCCAACCUCCACCCUAGAAAGCAGGGACAGUGGUAUCAUUGCUACAUUGACAAAUUAUUCAGAAAACAUGGAACGUACAAAAUAUGUUGGGGAAAGCAGUAAAGAAUUAGGAUCUGGAGGAAACCUAAAACCCUGGCAAUCUCAGAAAUCCAGCAUGGACUCCUGUCUGUAUCGAGUGGAUGAAAACAUGACUGCCUCCACAUACAGUCUCAAUAAGAUCCAAGAGAGGAAUUUGGAAACAGUUUUAUCCCAAUCAGUACAGUCUAUUCCUUUGUAUCUCAUGCCUCGGCCAAAUUCAGUAGCAGCCACCAGCUCUGCCCACUUGGAGGAUCUUGCUUACCUGGAUGAGCAGAGGCAUACUCCUUUAAGAACUUCUCUUCGAAUGCCAAGACAGAGUAUGGGUGGUGUUCGUACACAGCAGGAUCUACGAGUUCGCUUUGCACCUUACAGACCUCCAGAUAUCUCCCUGAAGCCCCUACUCUUUGAAGUGCCCAGCAUCACCACAGAGUCAGUGUUUGUUGGCAGAGAUUGGGUAUUCCAUGAGAUCGAUGUUCAGCUUCAGAGUUCAAAUGCCAACGUGAACCAAGGAGUAGUGAUUGUGGGAAAUAUUGGGUUUGGCAAAACUGCCAUCAUCUCCAGACUGGUGGCUCUCAGCUGCCAUGGUACACGGAUGAGACAGAUCGCCUCUGAUAGCCCACACGCCUCCCCCAAACAUGUAGAUGCCAACAGAGAGCUACCACUCACCCAGCCGCCUUCAGCCCAUUCAUCUAUUACCAGUGGAAGCUGCCCAGGAACUCCAGAAAUGCGCAGACGGCAGGAGGAGGCCAUGCGAAGACUUGCCUCACAGGUGGUUGCCUAUCACUAUUGCCAAGCAGAUAAUGCCUACACCUGCCUGGUACCAGAAUUUGUCCACAAUGUUGCUGCCCUGCUCUGCCGCUCACCUCAGCUAACAGCUUACCGGGAGCAGCUUCUUCGGGAACCUCACUUGCAAAGCAUGCUAAGCCUCCGGUCCUGUGUUCAAGACCCCAUGGCCUCCUUCCGGAGGGGAGUCCUAGAGCCUCUGGAGAACCUCCACAAAGAGAGAAAAAUCCCAGAUGAAGAUUUCAUCAUUUUAAUUGAUGGAUUAAAUGAAGCAGAAUUUCACAAACCGGAUUAUGGGGAUACAAUUGUAUCAUUUCUGAGUAAAAUGAUUGGAAAUUUUCCUUCUUGGCUCAAACUAAUUGUAACAGUUAGGACCAGUUUACAGGAAAUUACCAAGUUGCUGCCUUUCCAUAGGAUUUUUUUGGAUCGACUAGAAGAGAAUGAAGCCAUAGACCAAGACCUGCAGGCUUACAUCCUGCACCGGAUUCACAGCAGCUCAGAGAUUCAGAAUAACAUCUCACUUAACGGCAAGAUGGACAAUACUACAUUUGGCAAACUCAGUUCUCACCUCAAGACCCUCAGUCAAGGGUCUUAUCUAUACCUGAAACUCACAUUUGACCUCAUAGAGAAAGGCUACCUAGUGCUAAAGAGCUCUAGCUACAAAGUGGUUCCUGUCUCACUCUCUGAGGUUUAUUUACUCCAGUGCAAUAUGAAGUUCCCAACUCAGUCUUCCUUUGACCGGGUGAUGCCUCUCCUGAAUGUGGCAGUGGCCUCACUCCACCCACUUACUGAUGAACAUAUCUUCCAGGCCAUCAAUGCUGGGAGCAUUGAAGGCACACUAGAAUGGGAAGACUUUCAGCAAAGAAUGGAGAACCUCUCCAUGUUCCUAAUCAAGCGCAGAGACAUGACUCGAAUGUUUGUGCACCCUUCUUUUCGAGAAUGGCUGAUCUGGAGAGAAGAAGGAGAGAAAACCAAAUUUCUCUGUGAUCCCAGGAGUGGCCACACAUUACUUGCCUUCUGGUUUUCCCGCCAAGAGGGAAAACUAAACCGACAGCAGACUAUUGAACUGGGACAUCACAUCCUCAAAGCACACAUCUUUAAGGGUUUGAGUAAAAAAGUUGGUGUGUCAUCCUCCAUCCUCCAAGGUCUCUGGAUCUCCUAUAGUACAGAAGGCCUUUCCAUGGCGUUAGCCUCUUUACGAAAUCUCUACACUCCAAAUAUAAAGGUCAGCAGACUGCUGAUUUUGGGAGGUGCCAAUAUUAAUUACCGGACAGAGGUUUUAAAUAAUGCCCCAAUCCUAUGUGUCCAGUCUCACCUUGGUUACACAGAAAUGGUGGCCCUGCUUUUGGAAUUUGGGGCCAAUGUGGAUGCCUCUUCGGAGAGUGGCCUGACCCCUCUGGGCUAUGCUGCAGCAGCAGGGUUCCUGAGCAUCGUCGUGUUGCUGUGCAAGAAACGGGCCAAGGUAGAUCACUUGGAUAAGAAUGGGCAGUGUGCUUUGGUUCAUGCUGCUCUGCGGGGUCAUCUAGAGGUUGUCAAGUUUCUGAUUCAGUGUGACUGGACAAUGGCAGGCCAGCAGCAAGGAGUGUUUAAGAAGAGCCAUGCCAUCCAGCAGGCCCUCAUUGCUGCAGCCAGCAUGGGCUACACUGAGAUUGUCUCCUACCUACUUGAUCUUCCAGAAAAAGAUGAAGAGGAAGUGGAGCGAGCACAGAUCAACAGUUUUGACAGUCUCUGGGGAGAGACAGCCCUGACAGCUGCAGCCGGAAGGGGCAAACUGGACGUGUGCCGUCUGCUUCUGGAACAAGGGGCAGCAGUGGCCCAGCCAAACCGCAGAGGAGCGGUGCCCCUAUUCAGCACUGUCCGCCAGGGCCACUGGCAGAUUGUUGAUCUUUUACUUACCCACGGAGCUGAUGUCAACAUGGCAGACAAGCAGGGUCGUACUCCCCUGAUGAUGGCUGCUUCUGAAGGCCAUCUAGGAACUGUGGACUUCCUACUUGCACAAGGUGCCUCCAUUGCCCUAAUGGACAAAGAAGGAUUGACAGCCCUCAGCUGGGCUUGUUUGAAGGGCCAUCUCUCAGUAGUGCGUUCUCUGGUGGAUAAUGGAGCUGCUACAGACCAUGCUGACAAGAAUGGCCGCACCCCACUGGACCUGGCAGCUUUCUAUGGCGAUGCUGAGGUGGUCCAGUUCCUGGUGGAUCACGGGGCCAUGAUUGAGCAUGUUGACUACAGUGGGAUGCGCCCUUUGGACAGGGCAGUGGGUUGCAGGAACACUUCUGUUGUAGUCACUCUACUGAAGAAAGGAGCCAAAAUAGGUCCAGCCACAUGGGCGAUGGCCACCUCCAAACCAGACAUCAUGAUCAUCCUGUUGAGCAAGCUGAUGGAAGAGGGGGACAUGUUUUAUAAGAAAGGUAAAGUAAAGGAAGCUGCCCAGCGCUACCAGUAUGCUCUGAAGAAAUUCCCUAGAGAAGGGUUUGGUGAAGACUUGAAAACCUUCCGGGAGCUAAAAGUGUCUCUCCUCCUCAACCUCUCUCGAUGUCGCAGGAAAAUGAACGACUUUGGAAUGGCGGAGGAAUUUGCUACUAAGGCCCUGGAGCUGAAACCGAAAUCUUAUGAAGCAUACUAUGCGAGAGCAAGGGCAAAGCGCAGCAGCAGACAGUUUGCAGCAGCCUUAGAGGACCUGAAAGAGGCCAUCAAGCUAUGUCCAAACAACCGUGAGAUCCAGAGGCUUCUGAUGCGAGUGGAGGAGGAGUGUAGGCAGAUGCAGCAGCAGCAGCAGCAGCAGCAGCCACCCCCACCACCCCAGCAGCCUCAGCAGGAGUUACCAGAGGAAGAAGCAGAGCCUGAGCCCCCACAUGAAGAUAUAUACUCUGUACAAGACAUAUUUGAGGAGGAGUACUUGGAACAGGAUGUUGAAAACGUUUCUAUUGGCCUCCAGACAGAGGCUCGACCCAGUCAGGGGCUCCCAGUAAUCCAGAGCCCACCCUCCUCUCCAGCCCAUCGGGACUCAGCCUAUAUCUCUAGCUCACCUCUUGGGUCUCAUCAGGUUUUUGAUUUCCGGUCCAACAGUUCUGUAGGGUCUCCCACUAGACAAAGUUAUCAGUCCACCUCGCCUGCUCUUUCUCCAACUCACCAGAACUCUCAUUAUAGGCCAAGCCCACCACAUACUUCCCCAGCUCACCAGGGUACAUCUUACCGGUUUAGUCCACCUCCUGUGGGAGGACAAAGCAAGGAAUACCCGAGCCCUCCCCCUUCCCCUCUCCGUAGAGGCCCUCAGUACCGGGCCAGUCCCCCAGCUGAGAGCAUGAGUGUCUAUAGAUCCCAGUCUGGCUCUCCUGUACGGUAUCAGCAAGAAACAAAUGUGAGUCAGCUUCCUGGCAGACCAAAAUCUCCACUAUCCAAGAUGGCCCAGCGGCCCUACCAGAUGCCUCAGCUUCCGGUGGCGGUUCCCCAGCAAGGGCUCAGGCUACAGCCUGCCAAGGCCCAGAUUGUCCGAAGUAACCAGCCUAGCUCAGCAGUUCACUCAAGCACUGUCAUCCCAACAGGAGCCUAUGGCCAAGUAGCCCAUUCGAUGGCGAGUAAAUACCAGUCUCCACAGGGAGACAUGGGAGUGAGUCAGAGCCGACUGGUUUAUCAGGGAUCCAUAGGGGGCAUUGUGGGAGACGGGAGACCCGUUCAGCAUGUCCAAGCCAGCCUGAGCGCCGGUGCCAUCUGUCAGCAUGGAGGAUUGACCAAAGAAGAUCUGCCACAGCGACCCUCCUCUGCCUACCGAGGUGGCAUGAGGUACAGCCAGACACCACAGAUUGGGCGUAGCCAGUCAGCAUCUUAUUAUCCAGUCUGUCACUCAAAACUAGAUCUGGAACGUUCCUCCAGCCAACUGGGUUCCCCUGAUGUGUCACAUUUAAUCAGAAGACCUAUCAGUAUCAACCCUAAUGAAAUCAAGCCCCACCCACCAACUCCCAGGCCAUUGCUGCACUCGCAGAGCGUGGGCCUUCGCUUUUCUCCAUCUAGCAAUAGCAUCGCAUCCACCUCCAACCUGACUCCCACCUUCCGGCCUUCUUCUUCAAUUCAGCAAAUGGAGAUCCCACUGAAACCAACAUAUGAUAGGUCAUGUGACGAGCUGUCGCCAGUGUCUCCCACUCAGGGAGGUUACCCCAGUGAGCCCACCCGAUCCAGGACCACACCAUUCAUGGGGAUCAUAGAUAAAACAGCCCGGACUCAACAGUACCCCCACCUUCACCAGCAGAAUCGGACCUGGGCAGUGUCAUCAGUGGAUACCGUUCUCAGUCCCACAUCUCCAGGCAACCUGCCUCAGCCUGAGUCCUUCAGUCCACCAUCAUCCAUCAGCAACAUUGCCUUUUAUAACAAAACCAACAAUGCACAGAAUGGCCAUUUGCUGGAGGACGAUUAUUACAGCCCCCAUGGGAUGCUGGCUAAUGGGUCACGUGGAGACCUCUUAGAAAGAGUCAGCCAGGCCUCCUCCUAUCCUGAUGUGAAGGUGGCACGGACCCUACCCGUGGCUCAGGCAUACCAGGACAACCUGUACAGGCAAUUGUCUCGGGACUCUCGACAAGGGCAGACAUCGCCUAUCAAACCAAAGAGACCAUUUGUGGAGUCUAAUGUUUAAGAGACAUUUGUUGGAGUGAGACCCAUAUGUUUUCACUGCACAUUUUCAGGCUUGGUUUCCACAUCUGAGGUAGUUCUCUGGCUUAAUUUCUCAUGUAGUUUCUGUGUGGUGUUCAGAGGUGACAGCCCACAUGUUGAAACCCUUUGCAUGCAGCUGCCUGGGAAGCUGGCCUCUGGUGAGCCAGGACUUUCUCGGGUCUGUGCCCCAGCCACAUGCUCUCUCCCUCUCUUCCGAUGCCAACAAGGAGAUUUUGUGCCGUGAGCUUUAACCAGGGAGAUCAGACAUACUGGUCAGCUUUUUCCAGGAGACAAUCGCUUUCCCUGAUGUCCUUGUUGUGUGAAUGUCUUUUUCCUUUUGAAAAAGUAAGAUGUUCUUGUUUGUUUUCUUCUAGAAACUCUAGGAAGUGUGUGAUGCCUCUCUGUCUUGCAUUCUUAUUCAGUGUUCCACAUGGCCAGCCCCGGUACGUUCCUGGGCCAUGGUCUCCUUCCCAGACUCCAGCUCCCUACAGGCAUCGGGUCUAGAAUCUUCAUUUACUGUAUUGCUGGUCUUCCCCUGGGAUAAAAGGGUCUAGGAGAGUGUGAGAAAGAAAGCAAGCAAGUUGCUAAAUCGGAAGAAAAGACCACUAUAAUUAUUUGAAAUGUUACCAUGUUUUCCAAGAGGCAUUUUGAGAACAUUUAGUAAACAUUCAGCCCUUUAAAUAAGUUGAUCAACCAAGGAAAUUCUAGAACUGUGGGUAUUUUUAAGGCACUCACUAAGAGUGAGUUUUAACCAACAAUUAGUCACUAAAGGCUACUGAUUUUCCAAGACUAGAGGAGAGAAUAGAUACAGAGAAUAGAGGAGACGUGAGGAUAAAGACUGUUCUUGCUUCUCACUGGAAGAAAUCUGUCUUGGAGAAGUCUGCUUUUUAGAUCUGAGCAGACUGCUGCGGUCUGGCUGGUGCAUCUCCACCUGAAGCCAGGUGGCCUUCACUGUCUCACACCCACAUGGUGGUAGGAAGGAAAGGUUCUUGUAGAGCCUGCUUAGAUUCUCUUGGGAAUGUAAGACCCAUCCCAGGGUUUCUGUCCAGGCCACUGCAUUCCAUGCCAGCUGUUAACUCCAUUUAAGACCUCUGGUUUCAUUACUCACUGUGAAAGGAAUUAGGUCUUUAUCUAGGAGUGUUUAAGGGUAAUCUUUGAAAAUCAGAAAUAGCCAAGAGUGUUAUAGACUCCUUUGAGCCCUGGGUAGGGGCAUGAGAUGACCACAGGCCUUUUCUUCCAUGUCUACACAUCUAGGUCUUGUGGAUGUCUGCUCACCUGACUUUGGAAGAGCUGAGACAACUAUGAGGUAGGCAGCAAGAACACAGGAACCAAAGCUGCAGCACAGUCCUGUCUCUGGCUCAUGUCAGCUCUUAAAACCAAGCAACUCAGCCCAGCAAACUAACCAGAGGGUGUUGGCCCUGUGUUCCUAGGGAGCAUUUUACUCUUGUUAGUAAGGGGCUACAGGAAGGACAGUGUCUUGAACAAAACCCAGUGACCUCUUUGGGAUACAGGUUCUCUGAAAGGACCUAUAAGACAUGCAGAACAUGACACUGAGAUCAAAAAACCUUUCUUCACUGAUUUAGAUUAUGCCAGUAGAUAGACCCUGAGCCUAAAAUAGAUCAGGACUCAUCUCUGUAAGCAGGACAAUUUUCGCUUUGCUAUGGAAGAACUGCCCCAUUCUCCUAGUCUAGGAUAGGCAUCGGUGAUCUCUUCCUACCUGUCCAUCCACCUGUCUGUAUCUCCAUCUCUUCCAUCUGGAAGAAGUUUAUAGCUGUGAAGUUAGCCUGUAGCUAGGAACAGCAGCUUCUUGGCUCCUGAUGUGACCUGGACACAGCCCUGUUGGUCUCUAAGGGAGCUACCAUGACCCAUUAGAAAAGUGCUCCUACCUGUUUGGGAAGCUACACUUAACCGCCUUACCUGCCCAGGUGGGUUAGAAUGCCAUGCAAUCCUAUAAAUACACCACAACUGCCACUUUCCCCCAUGGUCCCUCAUUAUUCCAGGAAAAGCAAGAGAGUUAGUGUCUCUACCCUACCUGAAAGGUCAGUGUCAAACUACAGUUCUUCCUGGCCACCAUGAGAGAAUGGCUGGCACUGCUGGGUGCCAGUGGAUUUGACUAGAAGACACCAACGGGAGCUUCUUGAGGCAGGAAAAAACAAGGGUCUUCCCUAGAUGCAGACUGCCUGUACCCUGCUUUGCUACUUCACUGCCAUGGGUUGAUCUUAGUACUGUAUUUCAGCGUGCCCCUCCCUUCCCAGCCAUGAGCAUUUGCCAGACACGGCAAGCUUCAGGAUGGAAGAAAGUUUUCAAAUGAAACUGGCAAAUUCUGCUCACUCAAUUCACAUCCCCUUAAGUAGAGACAGGUGACAAACUUCAGCUUGUAGGUUUCUCACCAAAACAUGUUCCUUUGCCCCAAACUCUUGCACUAACAGGUGUCCAUCACGUCAUGUCUAUAAAUGGGUGCACUUUACUGUUUGAAGUUGUAACUCUGAUCAAUACUGGAUAUUUAAGUGUGAUAAUGUCUUCAUUAGAAAUUAGCAGUCACUCUUGUCUCUAGUGUUUUCAAGAAAAACAAACAAGGAAAGAAGUCAAGCAGUGGAUCACAGCAUUUAUAGCACAAGAAAUAACUGUUGUAUAUAAGCCUCAAAAAGAUUAAGAAUUUUUAAACACAAGAAAAUAUUUGCAGUGAUUUUAAAGUGCUUUCCAGCAAUUUUCUUAGGGACUCCUGAGACAUGGUUCAUUUAUUUACUGGAUCAGUAAGGCACACGAGUAACAAUUAAAAUUAAUGUUUAUUUACAAAGUAAAGGGAAAACCUGUGUAACACGAGAAUUUGGCAUGGACAAAUGGAGAUCAUUUUGUAUCUGCUGUUGUGUCUGUCCAGAUUGCAGAUGUGCACUAUUAAAGUCCCGAGUUAAUAGAGCACAACCCCUCUCGUUUCUUUCCCAGGCGCCCCUUUCUAGGUGUUUAACUGGAACUCGACGGCUCAGGAAAAUUCCACUAAUUAGAAUCGUGUACAGUAUCCCAGGUGGUUGUCCAGAUAGCUAAGUUUGCUGGUUUUAGUUAAGCCUGGAUUAUUAAAAACACUUUGCCUAAAUUAUUGUAAACAGAACAGCUUAGAGAAAGGUGUUCUCAGCCCUUAUAUUGUAUAGUAGUUUAUGACCCCCUUCUAAAUAUUGGUAUUUUUAUAUUCCAGAGAUAUACCCAACAGAAAAAUUUUAAACCAGUAUCUAAUUUAAUAUCCAUAAGUAUUUUUCCUUAGAGUUUAGUCAUAUGCAGUGGGAUAUGUGGAUGUCACGUGUGCUUCACCAUCCUCUACCACUAGGUGUCACUGUGGCUCUGCAUCAUACUUACCGGGUUACAAAGAACGGCUUGGUGGAGCUGCUGGGCAGGCCCGUAGACUGGGGGUUCAGGAGGAAGGGAACAAAGACUGGAGGACUUUCAUGCAUCCAUGCACCUGUAGCAAGACAGACUCCGAACACCACUUGCUUGGGAGGUUAAAUUGAGCUCCUUUUCUCUGGUGGAUGGGUAUGUAAAGGAGCCUUUUCUCCCCAUGAGCAUCCUUUCAGUUCCACUCAGCCUCCAACUUUUAUAACUCCAGAAGUAUCGUGUUUGGGGGUUUGAUUAAAGAUAGUUAUUUUUCUACUGCAGAAAUGCCUUGGACAAAACCAGUUGCUCACUGAAUCUUUGCCACUCAGUGGAACAGGCUCCCCAGUGGCAGGAUGUGCUGCCUCUGUGUCCAUCUCCUGUUGAGCCUUCCAGUGCUCAGCAGCCCCACCCACCCUGCCUGGCUGCCCAGUUCUCAAGAAGCGGUCUGCUGCCGCCUUUACUCUGAAGGCCGUCCUGCCCUGCCGCAUGCUUGUUGAGAGGUGUGACUUCUCCUUUUCCUCUGGGAAUUCCAGACUGACCAUCUACCAUGACUAACAAUGAACAAAGGGCUUAGGGGUAAGAGCUACCUACAAAGACGCGUCAUGGAAACCUUCACCAUGCAAUGCCUUGAACUCAGCUCUGGCUGCUCCCAAGAAAAGGUGGCUGGCUAGGGGCCUGGACACAAGCACAACGGGGCUGGUGGAGCCACUGUGCAGAGCUACUUGAAUAUUCACUGGGUCUUCAUCAACUCCUUUUGUAAUACAGACCACUCAAGGGCUGAAGUGUUGGUAACCUUCAUUUCGGUGUCCAAUGCCUCACAGCAGCUGAGCCACCCUGAGAUGCUUGUGGUCACAUAAUGGCCACAGUCAGAGCUUUGAAAGUCAGUACCAAAUGAACGUAUAAUUGGACACCAAAAAUCAAGUGUUACUCUCAUGUUUCCUCACCCUGUCAUCUCAUUUCUUCCUGCUGACUGUGAUUUCUACACUAAGUUGACCAGUCAGGCUGCCGCUGGCUGCACACAGAUGCCAGCCAGCACCAUCUCCUGGUUUCAGAUAGACCUACUCUGUGGGAAGGACGUGGCCUAGCUGCUUUGUUUCUGUAGCACUUGAUGGCUGGAUUUUCCCUUUGCUAAUCACUAACCAGAAAAUCUGGCUAGGACUCAAAUCACUCCCUUCAAUCCCCAGGACCAGACAGAGAGUUAAUUCUGGAAAAUUCAGUACUUGAAUGUACCUGCCUUACUGUGUACCCAUUCACUGGGGGGAGGGGGGAAGUAGAAAUGCCAGCUCUAGGUAGCCACUUCAUUCACAGAUUAUUUUGGAAAUCCUGUAAGUUAUACUUCCUGUCCUGAUUUGUUUUGUUUUGUUUUGUUUUUUAACAUUUGGCUGAUUCCUGCUGAGUUGGGCCAGUUCCUGUGGGGCUCAGGGCAGGUGCCAUUCUCAGGCAUGGCCUCCCUUCCAUCUAGCACAGCGUCUGUGUCUCUCUGUUCUGUCUCCUCCAAAUCCAAGAUGAUUUUAAUUAGUACAGACAUGUACAGUCUACAAUUAAAGAGUGAUUUGUACUAAUAUGAUUUUGAUUAUUCCUCUUUGCUGUCCUUUCAAGACACUUGCUGGAAAAAGCUUUAAUGCACUUAGUUUUCCUUUAGGUUUUCUAUAACUCAGAUGUAAAGGACUUUCUCUGUACAGUAUAUUAUCCAAUGCAUGUUUGUUCUCUAUCCUAAUAUAUUGAACACCACACAGUCGUGAACUCGUGCAGUGGGGACGCCCCACACCUAGCGGAGGCCUCUAGCCCCGUGUAUAAGGAAGACAUUUCCUUUGCUGUACUUGCUUGAACAGUUUUAUUGUCUGUACAUGUGAGCUGUGUGAGAUAGAUGUGAAAAGUUCAAAUGAAUGCAUUUUCCUGCCCCAUGUAUACAGAGCGUCAGCUGUACAAUGAACUGUAUGUAUGAAAGCAAAUGUACUUAUUUAUAAAUGGUCAACACUUGGAGAAA